AUGUGUAAGUUUGCGACGCCGUCCCUUCUUUCAAGAGGCAAAUCGACUACUCCAAGACGAAUUUGGCCCAACGUCUCUUGCAACCUCCCAAGCCACCUGCCUUAUGUAUGCGGCUGUCACUGCAAGGGAUCAGCUGAAUUCUACCCUUAUGACACAAAAUUGCAUCGCAUAAAGGAGUGUGGGGUAUGGUCUAAGUUCGUGUGGCCGGGGCUCGGUGUUUGGGCGAAUACAGGCAUACAGCGGUUAUUUUUAUCCGAUGAUGAUGCGAUAGGAGUUGGGGUUAUUAUUAUUAUUAUAUCUUACAUUUAUCCUCAUUUAGAUACAUCGGUUCUGCACCGCCCAGGAAUAUACACCUUCACAGGGUUCUACCUUUCUUUGUUGGUACACAUAGCUGCAGACCGGCAGGAAACAGCUGUUUGUGGCGGGCAUAUAGCCAGUCAUUUUAAGCACUAA